UAUCAACAUAUUCAUGCUGACGACAACGAGUGUGGGGAUUUUGUGAAGAGGUGCCGAUUAUAUCAUGAUAGUUUGAGUUUGAAAGCUGAAACGCAGCAGAUGAACACAUGCGACUUACAGGAGCAGCUCGUCUUCCAAUGCCUCGACAACGGAAACCCAAAACAAGAGGAAACCAACUUCAUCCACUUGACUGAGCUGCAUACGGGUAUGGACUUCCGCUUAAGAACCCAGAAUAUUUGGGAGAUAAUGAGAUGUGUGGCUACAUCAGUUUCUUCACAACCAAUAAGCAGUUGGCUAGACGGAUAUGGGAAUCUUUGGGACUGUUCCUCAAAGUUCUUCAGUUGGAGAUCAGGUCUAUUAUUUCUGAGCGCUGGUGAUCUAUUUGUUCUGAGGGACAGGGAUCAUGGAACCUACACACUGAUCAGGAAAUGGCGUAUAUGCGUUUUGAUGGAGGGAGAGGCGUUUGGCGGUGCGGCGCAGACAAGAUAAAGGAUACGAUACCCUAUGAUUCACUGCAUGACUUUUUGAUCUGUUGAUAGACAACUCUGGACUGAGCCAGCAUGCACA